AUGGUUUUCUUCUUAUCGAUUCUUCUGCAAAUGGUUUUCGUGUUAUGGUGUAUCGAAGAGGGAAAUGAUUUAGCAAUAAAGUUGGUCGAAGCUUAUCCUGAAUUUGUUGUAAAGAAUGAUAAUGUACUGAUGGCAAUAGCUAGAACCUUUCCCAGCGGGCUAGACUAUGGAGAAACACUUAUAUAUCCCGUUUUGGACAAUAUUUGUACAGAGAUUGUGGAAAGAGCUAAGUGCCUGCUAUUAAUAUUAUUGCACCAAUUAAGCAUAUCGAGAAGAAAAAAGAAGGAAUGGGAAAGAGCAAAAGAAGUUCUAAAACUGGUAUGUGAAGCAAUAGAAAACUCGAAGAUCGCUAAUGCUCAUUCUCACUAUUACACCGGACCCAUUCUUGAGGCUGCUCGUCAAAAUGCUUAUGAGGUUGUUGAUGAGAUUUUAUCGAGAUCCCCUGAAGCAAUUCGGUAUAAAGAUGAACAAGGGUAUGACAUUAUACAGUUAGCAGUAAUACAUCGUUCAGAAAAGAUUUACAACCUUAUUUAUCUCAUGGAGGAGCGUAAGAGCAUUUAUGGAACACUCGAAGAUUCAUCAAAGAACAAUAUGUUGCACUUGGCUGGAAGAUUAGCUCCUUCCCAGAAGCUCAAACGCAGUAUAGGUGCAGCAUUUCAACUACAAAGAGAGCUUCAAUGGCGAAAGGAAGUCAAGAAACUCGUAUUUCCAGCAUACAUUACCAAAGAGAACAUUUUUAAGGAGACACCAGAUAUGGUGUUCACACGGGAACAUGAGAAUUUGGUGAAGGAAGGAGAGAAGUGGAUGAAAGCUGUAGCAGAAUCAUGUAGCAUCACCGCAGGACUAAUUACCACAAUAGUGUUUGCAGCAGCCAUUACGGUGCCAGGUGGAAUCAAUCAAGAAUCAGGCAUCCCUUUAUUUAUAGAUAACACUGUCUUCACCAUCUUUGCUGUAGCAGAUGCCAUGUCACUAUUUGCAUCCAGUACAGCAUUACUAAUGUACUUGUCGAUCCUCACCGGACGUUUUUCUGAGCAAGAUUUCCUACACCGUUUGCCAAGAAGAAUGAUUAUUGGUCUUGUUACCUUGCUCCUAUCUACAACUGCAAUGAUGGUGGCCUUCGGCACAACAUUGUACCUUGUCUUUUGUUAUAAAAGACCAUGGAUGGUUGCUCCAAUUUGUGUAUUAGCUUUCCUCCCAAUUGCAGCGUUUAGUACUCUUCAGAUCCCCAUUAUAGUUGAUCUAUUUCGGUCGACAUAUGCACGCAUCUUUGGCAAGCCAAGCAACAAUAGCAGCAUAGGAUUUAAUCCGAAUGAUAUCCGGUUGUAUUUUGGCAAGUGA